UCAGCUCAGAGGAAAUUAAACAUGGCGGACAGAGGCUGAAGUUAACGAUAAGCGUAGGUGAAAGUCCACAAACCUACGGGUCUGUGCUUCAGUUAGUCGAAACUUUUUGAUCAGUUUACCAGCGUUGUUGUACUUUUAUUCACCCGAGAGAGAUAUCUGGUCCUUACUUUGAGUUUAGUCGUCGUUUACAGCCUUUAUAAACUGAAUAUUAGCUGUUAGCAUUAGCCACGUUAGCAGUCCGACCAGCGCCUGCUUUUGUUUUUGUCUCACUCAGUUACGGACUGACUCAUAGGCUGGUUUUAUGUCGCCAUUUUUUGAUAAAUAGUAUUUCUGUGUGCAGGAUAGAGUGUUUCAGAGAUAAACAGACGUUAGAGGUUUUUAUUUCUAUCCUGGGUGUGGUCCUAUCCAUCCUGGAGAAAGCAAACUUCGCUAAAGCAGACUUUAACUCCUGGGGUCUCCUCUCUGCCAGCACCUGGACUGUAUUUUUAUGAACAUUAAAUCAGGAAACAUGGAUUCAAAGCGCUCUCACAGUAAACCUCAGAAAAGCGGAGGUGGAGGCAGCAGCGAAGACUCCAGCUGCGGCAGCCCGGGGUCCCCCUCCAGCAGCCCGGCGCAGACAGCCUCCGCAGCCCCGGCGGUGGUGGUGGCUCCCGGGGGUAACGUGUUCGCCAACGACGGCAGCUUCAUGGAGAUGUUCAAGAAGAAGAUGGAGGAGGAGCAGAGGAAAAAAGAGACAUGUGGAGGAGCGAGUGCCACCGAGCAAGGACACACAUCAGUGGAAAAGAGGCCCCCACCCGUGGCGAGCUUUGUGGGGAAGCGCAGAGGCGGGGUGUUCCUAAAGACCGGCAUGGUUGCGAAGAAGCAGAAAGUAGACUCAGAAGCCGUUCCAGGCAAGAGCGAUGCUUGGUCAAAGUACAUGGCUGAGGUCAAAAAGUACAAAGCUCAUCAGUGCGGUGACGACGAUAAAACCCGACCGCUGGUCAAGUAGGUUUUCUGAACGGGACGCGACAGUGUGUUUGAGGGGAAGCCGAUCUGGGAGAUGCUCCGGGAGAGCUGGCUGAUCCGGAUCCUUCUCACACUGCCAGUUCACCUCCUCAUCUACAAACUGCUUAGAUCAACACUUUUCCCUCUUUUUUUUGUAUUGUUUUUGUCUUGCUUGUUAUUUGUUGGACUCUGGUAAUGACCCAGUGUUUCAUAUUUCCAUUAUUGAUCAUUAUUGUUGCAUAUUUUCAACUUUGUCUCAUGUCUGGUUUCAGUCAGUGUUCUUUAAGGAGGAUUUCAUGAGCCAAACUGAGGUGUGAAUUAAAUCAACACUGCCCUUUCAA